AUGAGCCCUACCAACCAACCUACACAAGAACAGCUUGACGAGUGGAAGGAAGCAUUCUCUCUUUACGACAAGAAGGGUAACAGCACCGUGUCAUCAGCCAAUCUCGGCGAUUUGUUGCGUGGUCUUGGCCAAAAUCCCACCCAAGCAGAAGUUCGCGAACUCGUAAAGUCGGUUGGUGGUUCCGAGCGCCAAGAAGUCGACAUUGAUUUUGGUACCUUCCUUACCAUUCUUACGCGUCCUGAUGGCUUCAAGCCUGCUGGCACCUCCCAAGAGUUUAUCCAAGGUUUCCAAGUGUUUGACAAGGAAGGUGAUGGUACCAUCUCGGCUGGUGAGUUGCGCUAUGUCCUUACCAACCUCGGUGAGAAGCUCUCCGAAGAAGAAGUCGAUGAAUUGCUCAAGGAAGUCGAAGUCGGCAAGGAUGGUCGGAUCAACUAUGUUGACUUUGUCAACCUUAUCUUGUCCAACUAA